AAAGCUCAACUGCUAGGGCUUCUUUAUUUUCUCUCACUAGAUUUCUCGCGGGGCGACAGGGAAAGGAGUGAGUUGAGCCUCUGAAAACCCUGCAGCAAUGGUGAACGUUCCAAAGACUAAGAAGACAUACUGCAAGAGCAAAGAGUGCAAAAAGCACACUUUACACAAGGUGACGCAAUACAAGAAGGGGAAAGAUAGUUUGUCGGCACAGGGGAAGCGUCGUUAUGAUCGUAAGCAGUCAGGUUAUGGUGGACAAACAAAGCCUGUCUUCCAUAAGAAGGCAAAAACUACCAAGAAGAUUGUUCUGAGACUGCAAUGCCAGAGCUGCAAGCAUGUCUCACAGCACCCCAUUAAGAGGUGCAAGCAUUUUGAGAUAGGUGGGGACAAGAAGGGGAAGGGCACUUCUCUCUUUUAAAUGUGGCUUGUUGAAGGCACCGAGUCUUUUUUUGUGUCAUUUUGUGUUGAAUUUUGUUACUUCUCUAAUCUACUUUUAUGAAGUUGGAAUUAUUUUAGGAUGUCUUAGUUUCAAUUUCAGCAUGACAUUUAGAUGUUGAAUUUACUUGAUGAUAGUUGAAUUUUGUUUCAAAUUUAUGAUGAAUGGGUAAAUUUCUUCUCA